AUGAAACGUCUCCGCAGAUUGUCUAAUAAUCGUGUUGUGGAGUUUUGUGAGGAUAUCAUAAUUAACAUAUUGCAUUGUUUGCCCUCAAAAUCUCUGGCAAGGUUUAAUUGUGUAUCUAAGGAUUGGCAUAAGUACAUUGCUGAUUCAUCUCUGUCUUAUAGUUGCCGUUUUCGGCGAUGGAGACCUCAACCAAAUCUAAUUGGAUUCUUUUACCAAUCUUGGGAAACCCCUAAACGUUCCCAAAUUCGUUUCUUCUUCUCAUCAAAUGAAGUGAAUAAUAUUGAUGGUAGUAGUUUGGAUGAGUCAGUCAAUUCUCUUGGCAGGAAGAGAGUGUAUAUUGUCGCAUCAUCCAACGGUUUUCUUCUUUGCAAUGACCUUACAGGGGUUUAUUAUGUUUAUAAUCCUGCCACGAGGCAGAGUUUGGCUCUCCCAAAAACUCAAAUCGACAUGACGGACCCAUUUGUUGGAUUUAUUUGUAAGGUAGAUGACCCAAAUAAAGAUGUCAUCUCCUUUACCAUAGUUCGCUAUGUGAUGCCUCUUGUUUGGGAGUUUCUGUCCACUAUAACUAUUGAAACUUUCUCUUCUGAGACUAAUGUGUGGACUGCUAAUAUUAAAAUUUUUGAACCUAUUGGACUGUGGCUGCCGAUAUUGGAUAAGAAAUCGUCAUCAACUUGUGGCGCCAUCGAUGGAGUAUUAUUCUGGUGGCUUGAGAAUGGACGACACAUCACUGCUUAUGAUAGUGUCGACAAGAGUUUCUGGGCUUUGGAAUUGCCUAAUGAUGAAGAGAUGGUGCCCAGACGCAGUUGUUAUCUUGGAAUAUCGAGUGGGGCUUUAUAUUUUGCAUUGAAUCUUGGGGAAGCGAUCACUGUGUGGCGCCUAGAGAGCAAUAUUCGUAGUCGAGAUGCAGUGUGGGUUAGGAUUUAUAAGGCAAAUGUGGUCAGUACAAUUCUACAAUGUCCAGAGGCUUAUGGACUUGGCGUCAACGCUCUUAGUUUAAAGGAAUUUGGUAUAGUAGGCUCUAUUGGUAUUAAGGUGCAGAGCAUGGUUAUUCAUCCUGCUAUUCCGCACAUUUUCUAUUUGGAUGUAAGAGGUAAGGUUAUUUCUUAUGACUUGGAAACAGAUAUUGCAGAAUUUGUGCAUGAUUUUGGAGAAUAUUGGUGGAGAACACAACACUUCAAAUUAUUUGCUUAUGAGUGGCAUCAAUGGCCACGUCUUCUAUAG